CAUUUUCUUUGUUAAGAUGGCCGCUAUCACGGAAAUGAAAGAUGUUAAAACUUUUCACCAGUGUAUCAUGUGUGAUGAGAUCUUUAAUCAUUACAGCGACCUGGUCAUCCACAACAAAACACACAUUAAACAAGAGUCGUCUAAUGACGACGGGGAAAACGAAGUAGAGAUCCUUCACUGUAAAGAAUGCGGUGAUGAAUUUCAAUCAGGGGCCGAAUUAGAAGAACAUUGUAAAACUCAUGUUAGGGAGGAAGAGUCUCGACCGAGUACCUCACAUCAGUUUGAGCAGAGAGAGGCAGAUGAAAAUUUUGAACAAAGCUAUGAAAGUCGAGAGGAGAGUUCAGAUCAAAACUAUGAUGUUAAUGAGGAUAAUAUUGAAGAAAACCAUGAUGAUGAGGAAAGAGACUAUCCAAUCCAUUUCAUGGAUACAACUGGAAAUGUUAAAACCAGUGACAGUGAAGCAAAUACAUUGUAUUCCCCCACAGGAAAAUCUCUACAUAAAUGUGAUGUUUGUAAUAAAUCAUUUAGACAGGUCAGUGAUCUGCAGAGACACGUCACGAUGCACACUGGGGAAAAACCCUUUGAGUGCGGAAUCUGUGAAAAGGUAUUCAGGUUGAAACAUAAUCUCAAGCAUCACAUGCGAAUCCACAUCGAUGAAAAACCAUUCGAGUGCAACGUUUGUAAGAGGGGGUUUAAACAACGAAACACGCUACAGAGACACUACAUCACCCACACCGGGGAGAAACCCUACACAUGCGAGAUCUGUCAGAAAGCUUUCACGCAAAGCAACACUCUUCAGCGACACCUGAAAAUACACCGAGGAGAAAAACGGUACACGGAAAAAACCUUUAAGUGUGAAGUAUGUAGUAAGUUUUUUGCUAAUAUCACCGUUCUACAGGAGCACAUGAGGACGCACACGGGUGAGAAACCGUUUGAGUGUGAUGUAUGUGGCAAAGCAUUCACCCAGAAGAACACGUUAUCACGGCAUUACCGAACACACACAGGCGAAAAACCCUAUAGAUGCGAUGAUUGCGGGAAAUUUUUUAGAUAUAAACAUAAUUUAAACGAUCAUCGACGAGUGCAUACAGGGGAAAAACCCUACAAGUGUGACAUAUGUGAGAGGUGUUUUAGCCUUAGUAAUUCAUUAAUGAAACAUUUCUCCACACAUUUCGAAGAAAAGCGCUUCAAAUGUGGAGUAUGCAGUAAAUCAUUUUUUCAGAAAACUAUUCUCUUGCGCCACAUGAAGACCCACACGGGGGAAAGGCCCUAUCCAUGUAAAUUUUGUAGUAAGGCCUUUAUUAUGAGCGCCUCGCUUGCCAAACACAUGAAAAACCAUACGGGAAAGAAAGCCAUGGAGGGAGAGGACGUCGAAGAUUCGAAUGAGGAAAUGGAAGACCCGGAUGAACUCUCUGGUUUAGAUGCCUCUGUUCCUACAUUGCCGGAAAUGUCUUCUGAUGGAGGUGCAUGGAAGAGUUCUGAUAUGACCCUGGAAGAUGACGACGAAUCUCGUGAUGAAGAAAUACCGAUGUUGAAUCACAGUGAUGACGUGAAGGACGAGAUGGCGUUUACACAGACAAUCCCACCUACCAUACCCAAAAUAAUGUCGGCAGAAUUAGCCAGAAGAAUUGCCCAAGCAGGAGAAAAAUAUCGCAACGAAAUCCCUUGAUUAGAACCAGGGGUUUAAGUGUUUUAACAAUGCCAGUUCGUUUCAAGAUGUUAUUUUGAUCAUUAAUUAGUAUAUUUUACUGUUAGUAUACUAUAGGCUGUGUGUGCGUAGUUUUUAUGAUCACAAUUUAAUUGCUGUCACCAAUAUUAUGGGUCUAGCUCACUAAUCUGGAUUGUUACCAAGAAAAUUCCUCUGACUUCCCCUUGUCAGUGGUUCAAAGCCAAGAGCUUUGCAAGAAACAGGGCCUAGUCAUUCGUGUGGUGUAAAAAAUUAGUCCUUAGUUGGAAAUCAAAAUAAGAGUUGCCCCAGAGCAAAGCAAAAUUCCCCCCCCCCCCAAAUAAUUUAUAGUCUUACAAUUGUCCUGGCGCUGACCCUAGUUUGGCCUUGCUGACAGCCCCCCCCCCCCCAAUAUGAAUUUUGUUGCGACGAGUCUGCAGAGAGAUCUAUUAUUGAAAUGUUGCUUCUAUAAACUUCAAUACUUGUAUUCCAUUAAUUCAAUGUGACCAAUUACUAAAAUGGCACUUUAUGAAUGAAAACAAAAUUAAUUCAUCUACAGAAUCUAGAGACUGUCAAAAUUAGAUCGAUCGUGAUCAGUCUGAUCAUACCAAACUUACGCUGUUUGUCUACAACUAGCUCCACUACUCCCAUCAAAAGGCAAAACCUAGUAACUCACUUUUUUCUUAUUUUGAGAAAACAAAGGAAAACGUAAUGAAUGAAUAUUAAACCCCAGCUCAUCUAUUGAUUUGACUAUUGAGUUACUAGGUUUUGCUGUGGUAUAAUAGGCAAAUAAAGAAAGUUGCUAGGUUGUGUCAUGGGUGUAACUGCUUACAAAAUCAAAAGAUUGGAAUAUCUAGUACAACAACAGGAAGCACAUACCCUAGUUACUACAAAUUUGGUCCUAACUCAAUUUUGAUAAAAAAAAGUGAGUUACUAGGUUUUGCCUUUUGAGGGAGACUUGGGAACAGACACUAAACUAGUUGUUCGACAUUUUUAUUCCUACAUCGACGAUUUUAGUCGAAAACACUAAUAGUAAGUGCAGGCGGACCGCACUACACGCAAAACAAAAAUCUACAAGAUAAACCUGCGGACAAGACAGAAAAUAGACAUUGCAAAAAAGAAACAUAGUAUACUUCGCGAAUUGUGAGAAGUAUUUAUUUCGCUCCCGGAGCCACGGUGGUUAAGUGGGUAAGACGCUGGCUCGCUAGUCUGGAGGUCGCGUGUUUGAUCCCUGCAUUGGCCAAGAAAGUUUGUCAGGAUUUUUUGACGUGGUUUCCCCUCGUCAGUGGUAUAGGACAGUAGGCUGACAAGGACAGCUGUCUAGACGUUCGGAUGAGACGAAAAACCGAGGUCCUGUGUAUACAUUGGCGUGCACGUAAAAGAUCCCUUGGCAGUUGGAAUUCGAUAUAAGAGUAGGCCAUAGUGCCGCUACCCGGGCAAAACUACCCUCAUAGAACACUGUAUGCCGUAUGCCUGUCUUCAUUAGCCCAGUAUAGGAGCAGAAAAGUAGGACGUUAAACCCCAUUUCAUUUCAUCUAUUUCGCUUCCAUUUAAUAAAAUAGAAAAAAUUUUAUUUAGUCAUGGUGUGUGUGAGAGAUGUUAAACAGAGUAGAAUCGUAUUAUAAAAUAGAAUAUGGGGGCCAUUGAGGGCAGAGAUUUAUUCUACGUGCAGAAUGCACUCUGAUAUAAAGACCUGGGGCCUGUUUCACGAAAUUUUAGCUAAGAUAUAAUCCAAAUUUUAGUAAUUUGAUUGGAUAAUAUUAGAUUGAUUUUAGUGCUUAGCCAAUCAAAAUUGAAAUCUCUACUAAAAUUGGAUUAUAUCUUUAGUUAAACAUAAAUUAUGCAAGAGCUAAAUCUGUCUAUUGCAGGUCUUUCUUUAGGCCUGAAAUGUUAUCUAAAUUAUUAAUUAGACAUCAAUUAACCUAUCCAGACCAUAAUCAACUCUAAAUGGCAUCGCUAGCCUGCGAUCUUUAGUGGAUUAUGAGCCGAUUUACUGCAUAACUUUCCUUCAUGAUUUAACGAUUAAAUGGAUAAUCGAAACUAUGCUGUUUAUCGUACUGACUUUUUAGUAAUGAUGAUCGAGGCUAGGCCGAAAUUGCAAUCGCUUAGUUCUCGGUUCAUAGUGGAUCAAUUUGAAUGCAAUUUUCAGCAAAUUGCCUUUACAUUAUCUAGUUUUUAACUAUUAUAGUGAGAACUGCCAACUCGUUAUUGAAUCUCCCAUAAUGUAUGCUUAAGAUUUCAAGAAACAGGGCCCAGAUUUGAUGUGAUUGUUCUGACUUUUAUUGUUGUUAUUAUAUUGUACUGUUAUAAUGUCAAACAUACAAUUUCAAAUGUACAAGUUGUUUUUGUAUAGUUUUAUAAAUAUGCAUGUGAAACAGGCUCUCUAAUCUACUUAGUAGUGUGAAUGUAUUAUUAUACACAUGUAUAUAUGUAUUUUUAUUUAUAUAAAGUUUUGAUAAGCAUUAUCAUUUAGUGAAAACAAAAGCAGAGUCAGCAUUAAACACAAGCUACUAUAACUACCUCUUGGAGAGACACAUUCUUUGUAUCGCAAGUGGUCUUGUUCCGUUCUCCUCCACUAACUUUUGGGUUCAUCCACAGUUGAGACACAGACAAAUUAUCCACCCUUGAUACUUCUGCUAUUUUUAUCAACCAAUCGCAUGGAUGAGAUGCAAUUCAUCGAUACCCUACAUUAUAUAAACACGAUAUAUAGUACAACACACAGAACUAGGUUGGACACGUUCUCGGUAUUCCUAGUGGUAACGUUCCGUUCUACUCCACUAACAUCUGGGUCCAUCCACUGGGUUUUCACAAAUUCAGAUUAUCUACCCUUGAUCGUAGCUUGAUUCUACGACCCAAUCAAAAAACAGUUCAUUUACCAGUCUUAGCAUCAUUGUUUACGCUCACCACAAUAAUCUUAGUUACAUUAAAAUGAGAGUUACUUCCCUUUGCCCACUUGAUUGGUUGAUAAAAAUAGCAGGAGUAUCAAGUGAGGAUAAUUUGACUAUAUGUCUCCCUUGUGGAUGGACCCAGAUGUUAGUGGAGUAGAACGGAACGAUACUAGUGGUGAAUAGGGGAGACACGGUUUCGCUGGCUGACUAGCCAAGAGGCACAAGGUUCGAUCCCAGUGUGUUGACCUAGAAAGUAGUACAUUAGGAUAUGGACAGUAAUAUUUGCUGAAAUAAGAUAGAAUAAAUUUUAUUUCGUUCCAGUGAUUAUCAAAGUCUUCAAACUUGAUCAAAAAUACACAUUAUUGGCAUUUGGCCAUUUUGGCAAAACAAACCCAAUGAACCCAUCGAUAAAUAUAAUAUUUUCUGAUUCUGAACAUAGCCUUCAAACUUGAUCAAAAAUACACAUUUUUGGCAUUUGACCGUUUUGACAAACCCAAGGUUAAAUAUCUGGCCCCGAGUUCACAAAGCAUUCUCAGACUUAAAUUAAGAAUAUACUCAAAAUUGUUCGCCUUAUUUUAACUAAAAUAUAGCCCUUUAUAAAACUUUUGUUGUUUUAAUAUAUCAAAUAAAUCAAUAAGAAAUUAUGUGUAAAGUUUUGUGUUUCUGGAUCAAAGAUAUUUCUCAUAAACAAUGAAUGAAUGUUGAGUAAAUUCUGAGAAUGCUUUGUGAACUGGGGACCUGGUAAAUAUAGACAUUUGUUGCUGUUGGUUACGAUGUGUUACUAGUAUUGUGUUAAUGUAGAACAUAUUGUUUAGUAAAUAUUAU